UUUGUUUUGAUUGUGAAUUUAACUUUGAUAAUUUUUUUUUUCAGGUUUACUUUAGCAAUUUUGCAAAGCUUUAUUUUUUAUUAACUUUGCUAUGGAUCCAUACGAAAUCGAGUUCAUAGGCGAGAACAGAAUAGUAAGCAUAAUACCAAACUUUUCGAACGACAAAAUAUUUCUGAUUUGCGGUGAAUUUGGACCGUUCCGAGCUGGUCUGCCCAUGAACGUGCCGCUCUGGCUGGCUGUGAUGCUGAAGCAGAAGCAGAAAUGCCGAUUGGUUCCACCAGACUGGAUGGAUAUGGAUGUUUUGGAGAAUAUCAAAGAGGAAGAGAAGAGAUCGAGGUUCUUCACAAAAAUGCCAAACGAACACUACAUGGUGGAAGCCAAGUUGAUCCUAGGCACAGCGUCCGAGGACAUUCCCCGUGCCGCGGAGAUCAAAACUAUUAUCAAGGACAUUUGGGACAUCCGCAUGUCCAAGUUGAGGACUUCCAUGGAUGCUCUCAUGAAAUCUGGUGGUUCUUAUGGUAGACUUGAUCACUUGACCAUGAUGGAGAUUAAUUCAGUGAAGCCUAUACUGCCAGCGGCUAUGGAUGAGCUUUAUAGGAUCAAAAAGAUGACCAGAAAACAGGCACCCAACUUGAACACCUCUAUCUUCAGCCAGUCGGGAAGCUCACAGAAUAUCUGAUCAUAGAUUCAAAAAUAACUACAAUGGUUUAUUUGGAUAAUUCAACUCACAACACCAUAAGGCUGAGUGGUCCAUGCCAAGUAAAAUAGUUGUUUUGAUGGUUUUUCUAAGGUGCAUCCACAUAUUAUAUUGCUGGGUUCUGUUCUUGUACAUGUCUAGAUGCACUAGGAAAGGUUAGUUGCUAUUUUUUUCAUAAAAGAUAAACAAAAAGUUGAAUAGUCUAAUAACUAGAUGUAAAAUCACUUGUGAUACUGUGAUUUAUAAGUUAGCUAGGUUUUAAUAAAGUAUUUUUGAUUAAAGUGUUUGCCUUUGUUUA